GAUUGCAAGGCCAUCGUCAAUGAGUUUUGGUCUGGACUCGGACCUGCUGCCAAGGCGGCCCUGGGGCUCAAGCUCGAGAGCUUGCUGGCUGUGUGGCUGCUCAAUUGCUUCGAGCACAGCGAGGAGCCGGUGGGCUUCUCGACCUUCUUCCUGCCGGCCUUCGUGUCCCACGACUGUCGGCCCAACUGCAUGUGGCACUACGAGGGCGACUCCUUCGUGAUGCGCGCAAG